ACCCUCAUUUCCCACCCCAGAUGAGGAAGCUGGCCCCAAGAGAUCACCUCAAAGAAGGACUCUCCUGUUGGCCAGAGCUGAGUGUGUUUUAUGUGGGCUGACCCCAGCCAGAGGGACCAGGGACUUCCCCUGGGGUCCUGGCCUCUUUCCAUGCCUUCCUCCCACACUGCCCUCGCCCAAACUAGGAGUCCAGGGAGGCUGGGAGUUUUCCCUGUGAUGUCAUAAGAACCAGUUGCCGGGGGAGACCUGCAGAUAUACCCUGUAGGCAGGGGAGAGCAGGGCCCUGCUGCACCGAAGUCCUGGCCACUCCUCCCCACCACACACUGGCCCUUCAUGGAAGCCUUGGUCUGUGCAUUUUCUGAGCUGCGCAUAAGAGAAGAUGCAGUGAGCCAGGCUCAAGGAAGCCCUGGCCACCCUGACAUACCACCCAACCUCUACGAAGGGGGCCUGGGGUCCCAGCAGCCGCAGUGCCCCAGUGCCCAGAGAAGCAAGCCCAAGAACUUCCGGCUGCGCCACCUCCAGGGCCUGGCUCUUUACCUGCAGGGCCACCUGUCGCCCGCCAGCCAGUGUGAGAGCCACUGGCUGGGCCGGCUUAUGGCUGGGGGCUGCCUGCCACAGCCCGAAGGCACAGCCUGGACCCUGGACCUGCCACAGGGGACUCUGGGCCCAGGUAACAGCUACUGCUCAGCCCUUCUGGAAGCAGAAUUGCCCGGGGACAGUCUGGGAAACACUGCUUCCAGUUCCAGCAUGGACCCAGCCAAGGGUGCCCUCCCCCAGCCUGGUCCUUCUGAGGGCUUGGGGCUCAGGCCCAAGAGAUCCUGGGGGGCCUCAGAAGAGGCCAUGUAUCCCUUGUGCAAGAGAACCCGUUCUGGGGCCCUGGAGAGGCCAUAGGAAUCCCAAGUACCAGGACUGGGGACAGGAAGGCAAGGACAGCUGAGGAGGCACCCCCAGCAGGAGGGGCUAGCCCCUGGCAGUGGCUCUGCCACACAAGGUGGCCCAGGCAGCGGCCUAGCACCCAGACCUGGGCCUUGGCAAAAUGUGAGAGAGAAAGGAAGGAGGAGGUCCUGAGGGAGUGCGAGAAGCAGUAGAAGCUCAGCCGUUCCCUUGCAGCCCGCUCGGACUCCAUUCAGCACUUGUACCUUGGAGGCCAUACUGAGUGGAGAAUCAGGCCCCCACGAGAGGCCUGGGAGCCCACAGCUCUGAUCUCAAUAAAAGCCAAGGCCUGCA